ACCCUAUUGGAUCCCACACUCAUGGGCGGAGACUGACACACCCAUUAAAGUUUGUAUAACAAAAGGUUGCGUGAAGUUGCACCUCGAUCGAGUGCGCGCAUGUGAACGGGCUGCUGCUGAUUUAUAACAAGCACAUUUAUAGGCACCGAAAGUUACUUUUCACCUCAUAUUUAACCCACUUUCAUUCAAGCCACAAUGACGUCAUACUGGUGGAUUUUCCUGCUGGGAAGUUUAAUGGUCACUGGAGUGAAGAUGCAAGAAGAUGGAGCUGAAGGUGAUGGGAAUGCAGAAAAGGCAACAGAAGAUGCAGCACCAGAGGAAGAGAAGAAGUCUGAGGAUGAGCCAACACAAGCAGCUACAGAAGAUUUACCGCAGAAUUCAGAUGACACAUCACCCGACGCGGCCGAUGGCGAUGGCGCAGCAGAUCCUCCUGCAGACGCUGAGGAGAAAACUGAAGGAACUCCUACAGAAACAUCCUCAGAAGAUGUCACACCAGAGGAAGAGAAGAAAUCUGAGGAAGAGCCAACACAAGCAGCUGAAGAGGAACCAGCUAAGGAAGAAGGAAAAGACGAGGACGUUCCUGCUACAACAGAAACAGUUCCAGAUCUGCCUACUGAAAGCUUACCCACUGAGGUCACUGAACCAGUAAUCAUUCCAGAUCAAGGAGCAGGUGACGCAAAAGAGGAACCAGAUGAUGAGGAACCAACAGAAAGGCCAACGGCUGAAGAUGAUGGAGAUGCAAAGAAAGAAGAGGAUUCUGAGAAAUCACAGGAAAACCCUGAGAUCACAAUGACAGCAGAUGAAGAAAUGGCAGAUUCAGUCCAGCCAGUUGCAGGUCAAGGCAAAGUACGCAGCGCUGGAUCAGUUUCUGGGCCGAACGUUUCAGGCGGAGGAUCAGGUACAGUUAUUGGUGUCGUAUGUGGAGUUGCAGUCGCAGCCGUCGUUGCAAUAGUCGGUUACUUCACCUACCAGAAUAAGAAACUGUGCUUCAAAGCCCAAAGAGGUGACCCUGAGAGCGGCAGGGAAGAGAACGGCACACAGAGUGAUCCUCAGGUUUCAAGCAAUCUCUUGACUUCAUCUUAAUUCUGUGAGGACGUGAGAAGAGCAGUCUACAGGCUCCAGUGGUGUGGUUUACAUUAGAAAUGACAGGUCCUAAUGACACAUCUGAAGAGCUUCAAGAAUCUUUACAAACCAACAAACAAACACACAAACAAACACACAAUGGGUUUUCAUCACGAAUGUGCAGUAAAUAAUUUAAACAAGAAGUCUUCUGAUCAUUCUUCAGUUUCUCUCCUCCACAUUAAAGCAGCAUUAAUAAGAUGCUUUGACUAAAGUCCUAACUCACAGGAUUGAUAUUGAUUUGUUAUGAAUGUAAUUUUACAGCGUUUGAAUGGGAUGUGUCAGCCUUUGGAGAGUCGUGUUCAUUUCAUUGCAUUAUAAAGUGUCAUUUAGUUUGAUGUGUUUUUUAAUCGUACAGUUUUGUCUGAUAUCUGAAUUUAAUCUGAUGAUUCAUUUUGACCUUGUGUCGUCUGAUCAAACAAAAGUCACUGCUAUGUUUCUUUCUUUAUUGGAUUUUGUAAAUACUCGAGUUUGAAUAAAGGGUUGGUUAUGUUUAAAUCAUUGUGUACACAUGGGUAAUUGAGCACCUACUUGAUUAAAUAAUUAUGCUAAUUAAACAGUGAACUCCGAAGAAAUAAACUAAAUGAAAACAACACAAAUUUUAUCCACAGGAAGACACAUUAUUCCACUUCAUGGAAUUGGCCUAAAAUGAAAGAAAUAUUAAAAAUAAAUUAAAAUAGUCUAGUAUUAUUAUUUAAAUGCUAUUUAUUUAGUAAUCAUACUUCACAAUAAUUCUUAAGUAUUUGUGCAUCUCAUUAUUAUUUAUACAUUAAAGAACUGCUGGAGUAAACUGA